GCCGCAUUCGACCCACGGCUGAUUAUGACACUUUCAACUUCCAUCAUCUCCAUCCGUUCAUUCUUUCAUCAACUUUUCAUCUUACACAGAUUUCCCCUCUGUCGCAACAGCCCUCUUGCCCCUCCUCAAUAGCUGCUUGAUUUUUCAGUACCGAGUAAUUGAGGAGUUGGGCAAUCUGCUACGAUUGUACUUUUUUUUUCUUUCUCUCUUUUCCAAGUUCGUUUCUUGGGUGAUCUACGCGACCGCGACCGGCGUGAUCUUUGUCUCUUAGGCAAAUAUUUCAACUUUGCCUUCGCCCUCAUCUUCGCGUUAUCAUCCUUCCAAUAUCCCGUGGUUUCUUAACCCACUGCUACCGACUCACCGAUGUCCACCCAUGAAAUAUAGCACCUUAGGUUGGUUUGGGCUGACUUGGAUAUCUGUCGAUACUUUGCGCGUCGAUGACCGCUAGUAAUCGAUAUCUAACCUCGAUAUUGUCAUCAUGAGCGCAAGCCCUUCGCCCGCCGGAGGCCCUAACGGCCAGAGACCGACUCCCCCCCCCGGUGCGCCUCCGCUGCGUAGACCGCGUAAUACGGCGAAUCCUCUUGUUCCGCGAAAAAAGCAACCCGUUCGUCGACCGCCUCCCCCAGGUCUCGGUAGAGGUGCUGCACCUAGCGCCGCUCCUCGACCUGCUAGCCGACCCCAGCAACCGGCCCUGGGAGGACAAGGGCCACUCAACUUCGACACAUUGCGCUCACAGAAUGGUGGUUGGUCAACCCCUACGCCACCUGGCGCCCAGGAUUAUCCUCUUUAUGUAACAAAGAAGUCUCUAAAGGAGGGCCUACGCUUCCAUGUUAUGCGAUUUGCUCCGCACGGUGGUAAAUUCCACCAACACGGCAACCCCGGCAUCGACCCUACUAACCAGGACGAAUUUACCCGACCUGUUACUCUACACCGACGCGACCCCAAACAACCGCCCCCCGGCCGUGAGGUGAAGGAAGAAGAAGUUCCCGUCGAGGAGGACCCUGCUGCGACCGCCGAGGCUGAGAAAAUUGCAUUACUGAAAGCAGAAAGAGAAGCUCAACGUGCGGCCGAUAAUGCUCAGAAGGCUCCUGUCGCUAAAGAUGCUCUUCCCAAGGCAAAGCAGCAGCAUAAAGAGCCCAAAAAGCCCGGUCUACAGAUCCAUUAUGCGCCACGCACUGAAGAGCAGAAGAAACAGAAUGAGAUUCGAUAUGAGGAAGCUCUACCGUGGCACUUGGAGGACGCCGAUGGAAAAAACGUCUGGGUCGGUCAGUACGAAGCGCCCUUGUCCGAUUGCAAAGUCGCCUUUAAAAUCCACAACAACGGCUUUCGUAUGAUACCUCUGGAAAAAUGGUACAGAUUUACUUCAAAGCGUGGUUCAUUCAAGAGUAUGUCUAUCGAAGAAGCAGAGAAGGCUAUGAACAAGAAGGUUGCUCCUGGUCGUUGGAUAGUACGAGACACACAACGCCAAGAAGCUGAGAAGGCCAUGGCUGAGUCCCGAAUUCUUGUCAACGGUCGCCCGGCAAUUAAGCAAGAGAGUGGCACCUUCAUGAAAGCUUCACGUGGCGAGAAGAUGGACCAUGAUGAUAUUGACAUGUCUGGGGAUGAAUUCCAGGACGAUGACGAGACUGCUGGAUAUGAACCCGAUAGGGACGAGGAUUCCAAGACAGCAAAUGAACGAAUUCGUCGUGAUCAGCUUGGAGCCAACCUUUUCGGCGAUGCUGAUGAGGCUAAGGUUGAGAAGGAAGCUGCAGUUGAAGAGAAAGAGAAGCUUGAGCGAAAGCGACUCGGCAAGGGUCUUAAGAAGUCAUUGAGGAAAGUCGACAAGCAGUUUCAGUACGAAAGCGAUUCAGAGAGUAACAGGGACCCUUUUGCGUCUUCGGAGGAUGAGUCUGAUUCUGAUCUCGAUAAUGAGAAAGAAGACGAAGAGAAGAAAGCUGAUAAGGAUAAAGACGCGGGAACCCCAUCCAAGGGAUCCAGCACCCCUCAGGGAAAGAAGGCAGCUGCCGAAGCAGCGAAGAAGGGCAAAUCUCUUAAACGAGCCGGGUCCCCAAUGGUUUCGGAUUCUAGUGGUACCGAGUCCACCCGGAAGAAGAAGAAGACUACUCACGGCAACGACAGUCGUAGCGGGACUCCUCUACCUCGCCGUAGUAAAGUUGGUGCUGGCUCUACUAGCGAUGGCGAGGGCACAGCUGGCGAGAUGUCAGAUGGCGCGGGAGGCAAGAAACGAUCUGGUCUAUUGGCGGUGGGUGGUAAAGACAGCAAAAGGCCAACCCCUACGGGCUCCCGUGCUACUAGUCCUGCUCCGCCUCAAGGCAAUCCCAACAAAGGCCCCACUGCUGGCCCACGAGCAGGUUCCCCCGACAGUGGCAAGCUUGAGCCCAUCACGCCUCAAGAGAUUCUCGAUGCGUUACCCCCAUUAGGGACUGGCGUCACUAUUGGUGUCCUGAUCAGGCCCUUCAAGAAUCGAUUGGACAAACCGGGCCAUAUGACUAGAAAAGAGUGGCUUAGGAUAGUAAAGGCUAAUGCAAGGUAUAACCAGGCUGAGAAAUUAAUCAUUAGAGACAAAUAGGUCAUCUCUUGGUGGUAGAGCAGUUCGCUCCUUCAAGAAUAUUAGGGAUCUUGACCCUUCUCGCCUUGCUUCGUUUCGACAGGUCGCAUUGGUAGAAAUACAUAUUGUUUCGCUGCAUUAAUCGUCGGUUUUCCCAGAAACGGAAUGGACUUUAUAACUCGCAGUCCAUUAUACUACUUCACCAAGGCGUACAGGCAUUUCUGGGAGGCUGGAAAUUCGGAUAAAAGAACAAAAAAAUUGCGUUGAGUUUUACUGCGUUGCAAUAGACCCGGCAAGAUACCUACCAUUGGUUGACUGAUGAGAAGCCGGAACAAAACCUAUUUCUACAGUUGAAGAUGAGAUUGCUCUGAAUGAGAUGCGGGAACCGAAUCACCUAACCUGGCCGGUGCUUGACUGAUGUGCUAUGGAGUUGCGACGAUUUCUAUAUUCUGGACGAUGGUCGGCGAACUCAUUCACAAUGGACUAUAGGCCAGCAUGUAUAGUUAGGUAUGCAGUUUGCUCCUAGGCUAAUUGCUAUAAUAAACCGGUAUCCCCGAAAAAUUUUGA